UGUGCAGAGGAAAAGGAAUCGUUCUUACUGGAGCCAGCACUGUUAUAUUUAUGACUGAAACGCCAGAGAUCCUGUUUUCUACGGAUUUGACUUGGUAAUUAGAUGUGAUUUGAUGUGUUGAUUUUGAAAUUUUCAAGUGGCUAAUCACUUUUUGUCUAUAACAGGCAAUGCUGGAUUUUUUUACAAAUAUUUCUGACAAUAUGAAUAUACUAUUUGUGAGUGGGUUUGAGAUGACGUGUUAAUAUGCACACUGGUAGUGUGAAGGGGGAAUUCACCUGUCACGCCGGUGUGUAUGAGCUCCCCUGAUGCCCUUCAAAUCAGAAAGGGCUUUUUCUGUGGAAGAAAAUAUCCCAAGAGUAGACAAGCGUUAACUUUAUAUCUCAACGAUGAGUUAUUGUACCAGACGACAACUUGUGCUACAUGUGAAAUAUACUGAAGUGAAAGAAUAAAGAAUAUUUAAAUGGGAAUCGAAAUGCCUCAGUAGCAGAUAUCCACAUAGGCAAAGCACGGUGAGAGAAGCGAUGUAUUGAGCUACACAUUUCUGACAUGAAUUCUACCUCCAUUAAACAUUUGGCUAGUACCGGUCAUACGAUAAGUAGUCUGUAGGUCAGGAUCUGUGCUUAGAUAAGGCCAGACUAGCCUCUGGACCUAGGGACUCCUAUCAACGCACUCAUACGGAGGAUCUUCGGAAUAUGCCAGAAUGUUUUAUACUGUAUUUCCUAUAUUUAUAUAUAAAUCCCUGUUCACAGUAGAGUUUAAUUGCCUACCUUUAUAAUGUUUUCCAAUUCAUCAGCUGAUGUAAGUCAACAUGGAUCGGUGUUGGAGUGGCGAAGCAUCCCCACUUAUUUGCAUGCUUACUGUUCGUGGAACUACACAUAGUUACUGGACUAUAUAGGAAUGUAGCGGAACACCAACUCUAACUGUACAGGUGCCACCAGCACAUACCAGCAGAAUGGCCAACAUUCGGAAUCCCUCUUCCCAGCCUCUGAUCGAUAUAUCGGAGCAUGAUCGCCCGGUUUCUUACUCAUCAGACGAAGAGUCGUCAGGUAAUCAGAACUCACCUUACCGCCGAGCUCCCGAGCCUACGCGCACCUCUCCUCCCGCUCUCCAUCGAUCUAGGGGAGGUAGUGAGGCAGCCAGCAGUGUCACAGAAAGCGAGGCCAGCACCUUACAACAGGUACAUCUCUCUCCAAAGAUAACCCGGUCGGACUCUGUAAAGUUUUCCAAGUCAGCCAAUGGAAAUGCCGGACGCAAGACCUCGCAUCCAAUCGGAAGUUCCCAAACACCUCCAAAGCCGUCCAGACGAGUGCCAAGCUUGAAGCUCAAACGUAUGAACCUGAGUCAGGAUAAGGCUGACGGAGCUAUGCCGUGUCUACCUAAGUGCACGAAUCGUCCUACAAAUCCUUCCAUCACUAUAACUAUUGACUCGGACGAAGACUCUGUUUACAGCGACUAUCUCAGUCCAGACAUGAACUACAAUAAUGGUAUUAAAGUUAAAUUUGUAGGGGACGAAACGUCUCUUUACGGAACACCGAAGGAAGAACUAUUACCUGGAUCUGGGGAAAAUUCGUCCGCAGACCAAAAGACUAGUCCCACUAGCUUUUUGAAAGACCAAUUCAUUUCAUUUUUCCAACCAUCGGAUAAUAAAUUAGCAAUGAAAUUGUUUGGAAAUAGGAAUUCGUUAAUGCGAGAGAAGAUGCGACACAAGAGAGUGGGGACUUGGGUUAUACAUCCAUGCAGCAAUUUUAGAUUUUAUUGGGAUCUAUUUAUGUUAGUUCUUCUCAUUGCCAAUCUCAUCAUACUUCCGGUAGCCAUUUCCUUUUUCAACGACGACUUGAGCACUCACUGGAUCGUGUUCAACUGUAUAUCGGAUACCGUCUUCUUUCUCGAUAUCGUUAUCAAUUUUAGAACGGGUGUGAUAUUAAAUGACUUCGCAGAUGAAAUCAUAUUAGAUCCAAAACUAAUUGCAAGACAUUAUGUCAAAUCCUGGUUUUUCCUUGAUUUGAUAAGUUCAAUUCCAAUGGACUAUAUUUUUCUUAUGUGGGAUGCAGAGGCAGAUUUCAACCAGCUUUUCCACGCAGGUACGACAGCUUCAAUGGGCCCAUCUCCAUACUGGCAAGGGAGAGCACUCCGAAUGCUGCGCCUGGCAAAGCUGCUUAGUCUUCUCAGACUCCUCAGAUUGUCCCGCCUCGUGCGCUACGUUCAGCAAUGGGAGGAGUUUGAAGGAAGCCCCUGUUUCGCAAUGUGCGGACGUCGCAGACGACCCGGGUUUUUAGCUUUCGCAGGGAAGUUCAUGCGGAUCUUCAAUUUACUAUGCCUAAUGUUUCUAUUGGGACACUGGAACGGAUGUCUCCAGUUCCUAAUACCGAUGCUGCAGGAUUAUCCUGACGAUUGCUGGGUGUCUAUUGAAGGGUUGAAGGAAGCUCAUUGGGCUGAACAGUACACAUGGGCUUUAUUUAAAGCCCUUUCCCACAUGCUUUGCAUUGGUUAUGGCCGGUUUCCACCCCAGAAUAUGACGGACACUUGGUUGACAAUACUGAGUAUGCUCAGUGGUGCCACAUGCUAUGCACUAUUUCUUGGUCAUACCACCACCAUUAUCCAGUCCUUCGAUACAUCGAGACGACUUUACAAUGAAAAGUUCAAACAAGUGGAGGAGUAUAUGAUAUACCGGAAAUUACCCCGGCGAUUGCGCCAGAAGAUAUCGGAGUACUAUGAACACCGAUACCAAGGGAAGAUGUUUGAUGAGGAGAACAUUCUCAUGGAACUGAACGAAUGUCUAAGACAGGAUAUUAUCAACCACAAUUGCAGGGCACUAGUGAAGUCAGUGCCGUUCUUUACAAAUGCCGACCCCCAGUUUGUGUCGGAAGUUAUAAGUAAAUUGAUCUUUGAGGUUUAUCAGCCUGGUGAUUUUAUUAUACGCGAAGGUACAAUGGGAACCAAAAUGUACUUCAUAUCUGAGGGUAUUGUGGACAUUAUCACAAUCGACAAUGAGGUAGCUACGUCUCUGUCCGAUGGGUCUUACUUUGGAGAAAUCUGCCUACUGACCAAUGCCAAGCGAGUCGCAAGCGUGAGAGCGGAGACAUACGUCAAUGUUUACUCAUUAUGUGUCAACCACUUUAACAUUGUGCUAGAACGUUACCCAGUCAUGCGUAGAACGAUGGAGAGUGUUGCUGCGGAACGCUUAACAAAGAUUGGUAAAAAUCCCAGCUUGGUAAGCAGUCGAGCCGAUCUAGAGGAAGACCAGAAACUGGUAAACGAAAUCGUGAUGGAAUCUACGCCUGUAGUAACCAGUGCUAGUGAGGACGAGGAUAAGGACUCAGACGACAGUUCAGAGAGCUCAAAAAGCUCUAGAAAGAAAAGGAAAUUUAAAUUCGAUUUUACGGGAAAACUUCAUCGUAUAACAGAAGAACGGAAAUCGAAAUCGAAAGAAAGCCUGAGAGACUUAGAUAUACCUAAUGGGAAAGUAAGUAGAAUGAAGAAGGCGCCAUCUGGCCCUAAUUUGUUUGGACUCAGAGUUCCUCAUUUUCCCGAAAGGAGGCGCUCAGGUAGCGUUGGUGCUGACUUGAAUCGAAUGCAACAGUCCUCUUGUUCAGACGAAUCGCGCAGAGACUCUGAUCCGGAGGACCUCAAGGAAAGCAGUAGAAGGUCCAGCUUUCUUGGCACGAAACUGUUUAAGCCAUCAGAACAUAAACACAAAGUUAAGAAAUCUAGAGACAAACGAAAAUCAACAGAUGACUCCCCGCCAUCAGAUGGCAAAGGUGCGAUGAAGUUUUUGAAAAUUCCUGAUUCAAAGGAAACAAAGGAACAAAAACAAAAAUCCAAGGAAGAGAUGGCAAUUCAUCGAAGAAGCAUGGGAGACGGAGAGGAAUCAUCAGAUAAACUGCCAAAAGCGCCCUCCUGUUUAGCACAACCAAAGGAGACGACGAUUACUGAAAAACCCGCAACUCGUCCCACUGAGCUUGAGCCAAGUGCAACAACCAAGGCGACGGAGCCUUGUAAACUUAACGUUCCUACUGCCAAGGAUGACAACUCUAAACCAGAAUCGUCUCGAAUAUAGUAAGAGCGCAGAGAGCCUAAAUAUAAUGCCAUGUUCCCAUGCACUGUGUGGUGUGUAAAAUGUGCUUCUGUGUUGUUGAACGAUAGUAUUGUCUAAACUCGCACAAACGUUAAAUACGAUUAACGAUUAGUUUCAAUCUGUCAGGACAGGACACAACAUCUUACAUUAACAUAUCAGGGAGUUGGAUACUCGUUGGCUGCCUCGUCUUGGUCGGUACACAAUUCUCAUUUCAGUACUGACACACAUCUGCUUCCUAUAUGGUAGUGUUAGUAGUCGUAGAGACGCGUGUCUGUGCUGUGGCGUUGGAGACAGCUUGCCAAAGUUCGUCCUUUAGUGAGUUCCAUUAGUUUUGACAUUGUCAUAUACACAUUGUAAAUAUCCAUUACAAAACAAUGUCAACAAAUAUUGGUUUUGACGUGGGAUGGAUGAUAAACAUCAAGUUACAGUUAUAUUUGUUUACAAAGUAAGAAAUCUUAGUUAUUUUUAUUUACAAAGCAAGAAGAAAAUGCAAUUUUUAAUCACACAUUUUGUACGUUAAUGGUGGUAUUGAUAUCGUUUUAUUUCGCUUAAAUAGUUCAAUGUUGAUGGAACUAUAUCAAUUUUCAUAUUACGACAGGACUGCGUGAUCGUUUCUGUCAGCGAACACGCAGAGACCAGCAGAUAGCUGUUUUUUUUUCUAUCAAGAUAGAAAUUAUUGUGAAAAAUCAUGAAUGUUGGAUUACUCUCGAGACUAAGCAUUCCGAUGAAAUACUCAUUUUCCUCAAUACUACUCGAAGCUGACCCUUGAAAGCGUGUGUGAUAGCAAUCGUAAUCUACUAAGAGCAAAUCGCAAAAAGAAGCAAAUUGUUAUUUUAUAUGAAUAUGUCGAUUAUAUCUAUUAAUUAAAUAAAUUUAGGUUCUAUUUGAUACUGAUUAUUGUUAAAAAAAAUGUAAAUACAAUUUCUGUUAAUCCGUAAUUUAUGUGUUUGUACAUAUCAUUUUCAGUAUGUGCCAAAUUUAGUUUCAGUUAUUGACAACGAAUGUGGAAAUCUUCUAUGAUAGAUAAUAAGUCACAUUUUACAAGAUUAAUUUUCGAAAAGUAACGCAUUUUGAAUAUUAAUGUAUCCAAAAUAACAAAACAGUUAUCGUUUAAUAUACAGGUUUUUAUUCAAAAAUUUAAUGGGACUUACACCGAUUCCUGAGAAGAAUUUCAUAGAAAAAGUUUAAUCGCUUUACAAACUGGAAAUGUGAAAAUAAAUUCUUAAUCAUAACAAUUUUAUUUCCAAUCAUAGAAACAACGUCUGGUAUACAUAUUAUCAAGAAUUAAAAUUGUUGUCUUACGUUUCAUUACAAUACCACAUGCUAUAAUAAAUAUUGCUAUGUCCAUAUACCUUGGUGAUCUAAUAGAAGGUACGUUAGUCUUUCAUUUUUAGGCCAAAUAUUUUGCAUAUUUACUUUCAUGAUUGCCAUACAAACAAUACCAUUAUCACAACGUAUUGAUCAUUAGAAAUAUGUUAUCAUAAUGGUAAACUAUAUGCAAAAUACAUGGCCUAUCAUAUACAUAUAUCUAUAUAUUACACGUUGAUGGUAGAGUAAACAUUGAGUGAUCCUAGGCUAUGUCCAACUGUCGUGUGGUAGAGUAAACAGUGAGUGAUCCUAGGCUAUGUCCAACUGUUGUGUGCGAUGUGAGCAGCUGAUUGUAUUUAGGCGAAUGUAUUAGGUGUAUUUUGUAUAAUAUGUGUAAAUAAGAUAAAAUCGCCUAUAUUACGAUCAAGUAUGUACAUUGUAUAAAUAAGAUACAAAUUAGACGUAUAUUUGUCCAUAUGUGGGUGUUAAUGUAUACCAUACAAUGUAACAAACGAUAAUAAUAUGCACGUGCUUCUUCCCGUCAUGUAAGUACACUGACCAAAGCCUUGUCAAAGACAGCGUCAUAUACAUUAUCUUAUCUUGUGGCAGUACGGACCGUUAAGUCUUUUACAUGUACAUAUCAACAUGCGGCAACGGUGUUAUUUUACGUUAGACCCACUUACACCAAAUUAUUCUUUUUUUCCAAAAUGAAUCCUUUUACGAUACCAGGGCAUCAGUAUAAAGUAUUCAAAGUUAGUAUGAGGUAAAAUCUAACGUGUACACAGGGAGACUAUCCCACUUGUAAAGUUUACCAUAAAAUUCCUAAGACAUGUGCCAUUCUAUCAUACCAUACAGUUAUAAGUAUACUAAAAAAUCCUUUAGGUGAGUUGUAAGUGAUCCGCCUGUAGUUUUACAAAACUAUAAUUACGCCCAUAAACAAAGGUUUUUGAUAGUUCUUUAUUCGUUUGAUAAAUAUAAUAUAACAAACAUAUUUAUCAAACAAACACUUACAUUGUCACGCACACAAUUUAUUGAACUGUAUUAAUGAGAUAAUUUGCAAAUUACAAAGUAUAUUUCGGUUGGUAAAAAUCAACAUCUUCAUUAAGACAUAACAAAAUUUAAUAAUAAAUUUGGUUUUCAAUUUAAAGAAAACCUGUAUCUGAAAAGAAUUUAUCCCUGAAUUACAAUGUAAGAUCAAAAAUCAAAAUGAGCAUUUCUGGUAAAACUAAGCUUCAGGGUUUUUUAUUGAAAAAAAGGCAUCUCCAUGGAUGCAAAGAAUGUAUUAUUUCGUUUUUAAAUGUUAAAUUGAUACAGGUUGAGGAAGCGAACAGACCACAGGAGUUGGAUACAAAAACAGUUAUGAAAUGAAAUCCAUAUCCUAUAGGAAAAGCAUUUGUACGUCAUGAAGACUUUUCUGUAAGAUAAACGUACGAGACACACGUGACUACACCCAUACAAUGUGGUAAACGAAACAGGAGGCCAAAAAUGAAUUACACGGCGCCAUACACCUUGUCAUUGGGGAAGAUAGGGGCCAAAAGUGUGGACAUCCAAGUUGGUCAAAUCUGCUGUUGAAACAGAAGGGGAUGAACUUAAAAAACUUAGUGAUUUGGAGCAUGUGAAUUUCUUAUAUAGACAUGGUAAACAUACCAAUAGGGGUAGGGCAUCACGUGGGUAGAGUCGAAUAUAGCUAUCGCUUUAUAUUUACCCCUCUGUGCUAUGCAUGUACCCGUGAAGUCUGUGAUAAAAGUAUUAUCAGGGCAAUUAUAAAGUAUAGUCUUGUAAACUUGCAUUGCCGCAAACAAAAACAUGUAUCUCUGUUAGUACAGUACUUAAUAGUAAUUGAACGAUUAAUUAACCACAGCAGUUUACCUUUCCAUGGUAACUUAUCGUACGAUAAUGUCGAUUUGAAAUGAAUAAUUUUCAUUAAAUACAGAUUAAAUUUCCUUUCUGAAAUGACGUUCGAGCACUUUAUGUAUUAAUUUCAUGGGAUGUAGUCUAUGUGAGUGGUUUAAAACAUUUUAAAAGAUAGAAGAUAAACCAACAAUUAUAAUUGAAAUGCAGCCCGACAUUACGAGAGGAUCACUAUAAGACAAUUUAAAAUAUAUCUAAAAAUGAAGAAAAAAUGUAAUCAAGACCUUUUUGAAAAAUCUAUUGGAAAUAUUUGUUCUUUUAGAAGACGACUUUGUGUCAAAUUAAAAAAAAAAUGUUUGUUAUAAUUAAGCAUAAGACAUUUGAACCUCUUUUAUUUGACACGUUUAGAUAUGCUCCCAAAAAUGAAUAACUGAUUAUCUGGAUUACUUCAGUAAGAACUAACACUUAUCAAUCUCUUGAAUAAAUAAUUGAAGUGCGGCUGGACGAGGUUUUGUUGUAUUGUCCGUCAGUUCGUGGCGAGUAGAUGACGUCACCACUGACUAGGGGACACUUACCGACUGUAUACCUAGUUGUAACAGUCACUAUAUGUCACUACCACAUUGGAUCUCAGGUCUGUGUUACGUGUAUAUACAGUAGCGAACAUGUGUCAUAUGCAAAGGUGAAACAAAUAUUGCUUCAAAUCAAUGAAAAAUAUCAGUGACCGUCAUGAUAAUGUUGAUUCAGAGAAAUAAAGAGAGAUGAUCAUGAG